AUGCCAUCCAAACAGAGACAAUCUGAAGGCGGUCCGGUUUAUGUCAACCGCUUCCGGGAGCAAGAUAGCGCAACAGUCAGCUGGGUCAGCAAUAUCGCUUCAUAUUAUGAUCGGCCAGAGGAGGAGCCACCCGUUCUCAGCAAGUUCUGGCGACAGCUUAAGGUUCAAUCGGAGGCGGAAGGAGAGCUGCCAAUUUGCUUUGUUAUAGAGCCCGAGGACGCCAAUCUUGAAACGGUCAGGGAAACACUAUGCGAAGUGUGGGACAAAUCUCCAUCGGACCUCACCCUGUCUCUGCUGGCAUCAUACCGCUCCGACACCGACAAUGGCAAAUGGGUACCUACCUAUCAUGAUACCACAAUACCGCAAGGAGAGUCUGUCGAUAUUUGUCCUGGUGAUUGCUUCUGCGUCGGCCAACAAGGAUCAUGCGCCAAUAGCAGCGUCCCAUCAGAGCUUGCUCCGUGGAUCGUGAGGGAGAUCGCAGCCACGACGAUGCAAAGUCAUACUUUGCCGGAUCCACUUGAGGUCGAAGAUCUACAGGAUGUUGUUCAAUCUCUCGUAACUAAUUGGCGUAAUGGUACUCAAGGAUGA